AUGAGUACUGUAAGCUAUCUACACAAUCCACCAUCAGGGUCGUACCAAUACAUAACCAUCAACGACGUCAUAAAGAAAAAUGCCGAAAUCAUACCAAAUACCGAGGCAUUUGUUUAUCGGCCCGCUGAUGGACCACGACAGAGCAUCACAUAUGGAGAACUAUACAAGAGAGCUGUAGUAGUGGCUCGAUUUCUCGUUUCCUCAGGGGUACAAAAACAGGAUAUGGUAGGCCUGUUUGGUCCCAAUACCCUGGCUAGGAUUGUGGCUGAAUUUGGUAUCAUUUUAUCAGGAGCUGUAGUCCUUCAACUGAACAUUGAAUACAAAAACGCCGAGGAUGCAAUAGACAUUUUAGACAAGAGUAAAUGUGAGAUGAUGUUUGCUGAUCCUGGAAAUAAUGACCAAUACCUCUCCAUUAUAGAAUCACUGGAAACCAGCGAGGAAAAUAAUCCACAGCGUCGACAAUACAUUUUACUACGAGAAACAAAAUCCACUAGACUUAUCCACAAAGUAAUCGAUGAGAUAACUACACAGGCUGAGGAUGACGUCAUUUUACCCAAAGUGAACCCAGAAGAUGACGCUUUUGUAUUCACCACUUCCGGUAGCACUGGCAAACCGAAACUGGUAGUGCACUCUCAAUUCUUUAUGACAAUAUCAUUGAAAGCAAUUCCUGAUGCCACAACCGGAAUAAAAAUUCUUUACAAUGAUCGUCCAUUCUGCUGGAUCGGAGGAUCAGUAGUCAUGUCAAGUAUGUUAGGACAAACAAGAGUCUUUACGGACCCAACAAUGGGAACAACAGAGAACGGAAUCAAGAAAAUCUGGGAUAUUAUGAGGGAGGAAGAUGUCAUGACUUCAUCCCUCAUGCCAUAUCACAUUUAUGAUUUGAUCAAAGAGGCGACAAGUAUUCCUGACGAUGGAUACAGGUUAGAGAUGAUUGCAUCAGGAGGUCAGAUUGUAGAUAACUUCUAUACUCAAGUAAUCGGUAGAUUUUGUAGGAGCAUCAUCAUUGGUUAUGGAUCUUCUGAAGCCGCUGGUGUAUCAUAUUCCAUGCUAAUUAAAGAGGGAGAUUUUAUUGAAACUGGGAAAAUAGGUCCACCUAUUCCAGGUGUAGAAAUCAGAAUCGUAGACGACGAUGGAUGCAUAGUUGCAACCGAAACUCAUGGCAAUAUUCAGGUUAGAAGUGCCUUACUGAUGAAACGGUAUCAUAUGGAUACAGCUUUGACGAGUGCUAUGUUCACCAAUGACAGACCACCAUGGCUUAAAACAGGAGACAUUGGAUUGCUUACAUCUUCUGGUGAUCUCAUUGUGCAGGGAAGAACGAGCGACACGAUAGCCCGUGGCGGAAGAAAGAUCCUACCGGGUGCUAUAGAUGACUUAGUGAAGAAGAUGGAAGGCAUCAGAGACGUCGUAACGGUGGCUGUACCUGAUACCCGGAUGUAUGAAGAAGCGUGUGUUUGCUAUAUUUCAUCUGAGCUGACUCCUGCAGAGGUACAAAGUUACUGUGAAAAUAAUUUCAUCAACAAAGUCUCGUUGGACGGUAUGGGAUCCAUGCCUAGAUAUUUCCUCAAAUUUAACGAAUUCCCUACCGCUUUUACAGGGAAGACUGACAAAAAGAAACUGAAAACCGAGGCUGCAAGACGUCUAAAUCUUGAUUGA